UGGAGGAUAAAAAACCACUGCUCUCUUUGUUUUCACUUUUGAGAUUUUUCCAACCUGAAGACUCCCUCUUCUUGGUUGGUUUUUUCUCCUACACAACCAACCAACCAAGAACCAUGCACAUCUUUUUCUCUGCAUAACUUCUCCCGCCCCUGCCAACAUGACUUGCAUGCAUGUGUGUGUUAACUCUUCUUCACUUUUACAUGCAUGCUUGAGGUUUUGAGGUUUCAACAUUAGAUGGGCUUAUAAAGUCAUCAUAUACACACUCACAUAUAUAUAUAUGGUUAAUAUAAAUAUUUGUUCUCAAGAAGGAUUUAGUUGAUUCCAUUGAAGAUUGAAUGCACUACCACCAGCACCUUUAAGUGGAAGGUUAAUUUCUGGUGUAAAUAUAUCAACGAGCUUUAUCUACAUAAAUUAAUGUCGACCAAGGUGAAAGGCAUCCUUAAAGGACUUAGAUACAUAUCCCAAAUAUUCGAAGAGAAAGAAGAAGAAUUUCAAAUUGGGUUGCCAACUGAUGUAAAGCAUGUAGCACAUAUUGGAUCAGAUGAUCCAUCAGCAAAUGCACCAAGCUGGAUGACCGAUUUCAAAGGAGGAAAAGAACCCCCAUCAGGAAACCCUACUCAGACAGUUGAAGAACGUGAGAAAAAGGCAUCAUCAAAUUCCAAACGUUCCAAAAUUCGCAACCACUUGAUUCCUAAGUCUCGGCACAAUUCAAUCGACAUUGAUCCUGACGCACCCAAACAGAAGGCCACACGCCGCCACAAUCGCUCUUCAGACCCCUCCGCGGACUCCUCCAACCAUGAAUCCUCUAGCGGCUCCCGCCAACGCCACCACCGUGGAUCCAACCACGACCCAGGGUCUCUAUCAUCGCAAGAGAUGCCGCCGACCGGCCCCAAAACCAAUCGAAGAAAAUCGAAGGCCUCCGAAGACGGUUCAACGAAGAAGCCCUCAUCUCGGAGAUCGUCCAAAGGAGAUUCUCUAACUGAUAUUUCUAUUUCAGAUUUUGGAUCUGACUCUAGGCCUGAAAGUGAGCUCACGACCCAUUAGGGUUUAAAUUGGAGUGAGUGUCAGUUAGAGAGUUAUAUAAAAAUAUGCUCUAAUAAUGAUCAGAAAAAUUCAAAACAAGAUAACAAGACUUUAGGGUGUAUUUGGUUUAAAGGAUGAAAAUAGAGAAUAUGAAAAUAUAAGAGAAAUUUUUUAAUUAAAGUAGAAUGUAAAAGAUGUGACUUUCACAUAAAAAGUACAAAAUUUCUCUUAUAUUUCUCUCAUUCCAUCCCAAAUCAAACACAAUCUUAGGGAGGGAGAGGAGACGAAAAAGAAAUGUUUGUUUUGCAGGUUGUAAA